CUUUGAUAACUCACCCUAGAGGUAGAAGCUUCCUGAACCCAAAACCUCUCGAGAGAUCUCUGAUGUCGAUGCUCUCGUCGCUAAUUGGUGCCGUUUAGAGUUUGGAAUAACCGACUGCGUGUCGUUUUAAGUGUAGAGUUGGACCUGGUUCGAGAUUCGCUAGUCGGGAAAUGAGAUUGCUGAGUUAUCUGAAGCAAUGGCGUGGAACGGCGAAGGAGGCAUUCGGUCAAGUAUCAGUCGUCGCCAAGUUUCUCUGUUUGCUUCAUGUCACCGAUCGUUACCUAAUUUCAUCGACUCACGUUCAAGGCCCAAGCAUGCUUCCGACGCUUAAUCUCAGCGGCGAUGUCAUUUUGGCGGAACACUUAUCACACCGGUUAGGUAGGAUUGGGCUCGGUGACGUUGUAUUGGUUCGAUCUCCUAUGGACCCAAAGAGGAUGGUGACAAAGCGGGUCUUGGGUUUAGAAGGCCAUAGACUCUCUUUCUCUGCUGACCCAUUGGUCGGUGAUGGCUCAGUCAACGUUGUGGUACCAAAAGGUCAUGUUUGGAUUCAGGGAGAUAACUUGUAUGCCUCAACUGAUUCACGUCAUUUUGGACCUGUACCGUACAAUCUCAUUGAAGGAAAAGCUCUGCUGCGGGUCUGGCCACCAGAAUGCUUUGGGUCAUUGAGAUGACGAUCAUACUACAGACACAUUCCUGUUGUUUUAAUUGCCUGUUGCGAUGCUUGUUUGAUACAUGAAGUUAUAUCUUGUUAAAGCCAAUCUGUGGUGUGAAGCCAAUCUGAAGAAAGGACUGGUUCUAUUAUAUAUGCGUUUGUGUCACCUAAUUAAACCGAAGCAGUUUUGCCCUUUAACCAAUUGUAUUUUCAAGAUAUUUUUGAUUGGAGAAACGUCUCAAGACCGGAUCAGAUAGGCCGGUCUGACCGGAAAUAGUUGCUCUUGCUAACUGACCGGAAGUUGUAUGUGUUUAACGUUACUUGUUAAUCGAAGU